AUGAAGAGCAGGAAAACCAUCUGCUUCUGUAUCCCUGCCUGGAAACCCAAAGAAGGGAAUGAUCAAGAGAUUGAAGAGAAGCACGAAGACGAAUCCCAUUCCAGCUCUCGUCGCCGGCGCGGCAAGAGAAGAGAAGAGGAGGGCAACACCGAUGCAGCUGGUGCUACUGCUGCCUCAAGCACUAGUGUCGGCGAUGCCGCUGUUGUUAUGCUUGCUGUAGUUUUGGCAGAGUAUGAUUCCUCUGAUCCACCAAGAGGGCGUGGUUCACGGCCUGGUCGUUCUCGGAAUGUCGAAAGACACAGGGAGUCACGUGGUCAAUGUCUUAUGGAGGAUUACUUCAUCGAACAUCCAAUCUUUGAGGAAGUAGACUUCCGGAGGAGGUAUAGAAUGCGAAGGUCAGUCUUUAAUCGUAUCAUGGAGAGCCUUUGCAACUACGACACGUUCUGGCAACAAAAACCUGAUUGCUCUGGCAAAAUGGAGUUCCUACCUCAGCAAAAAAUGACAGGUGCCUUACGUAUGCUUGCAUACGGUGCUGCUGCCAAUCAAUGUGCUGAAAUAACUAGAAUGGGGGAAUCCACCACGUUGGAAUGUUUGAAGAAAUUCUGCCAGCAAGUGGAAACUCUUUACUCCGAGUGGUACCUUCGCACUCUAACACUUGCAGACCUCCACCGGCUUCUUCAAAGAGUAGAUAAGCGUGGUUUUCCAGGCAUGAUUGGGAGCAUUGACUGUAUGCACUGGGAGUGGAAAAAUUGUCCGACUGGAUGGGCCGGAGCUUACACUGGUCGUAAAGGUCGCCCAACAAUUAUUCUUGAAGCGGUGGCGUCCUACGACACAUGGAUAUGA